AUGCUCCUGGCUCUCAUUCCUGGCCGCCGUCAUUUCAUGGAAUCUGCCUUGCUCCGAGUGAAAGCCAUCGAAGAGAUGGACGGAGUGUACUUAGGGCUUAUAUGCCAGUAUCUCCAUCGCGAGUGGACGCUCCUUGGCAUUCUCGGAUCCAUGGAUCCUUUCCGUACUGACGUUCUGGCUUUGGAAGCAGAGUGCGAAACCGAGGCUGCAUCACAGGAAUCUGGCGGCAGUCAGCCGGCGACGAGAAGGGUUUUAAACGUGCGGGCAGCUCUUAGAGAGGACAGCGCACCGAACUGGGAGAUCUGGACGGAUGAACUGCUGAACAAGGUCGAUGCAGCGUUUGCUGAUUGCAUAAGAAAUCCUGAGGAUAUGGGCUUAAACAUUCCCCGCGGGCUCAACCAGCUGAGAAAGUAUCGGCAAGCUGUGAUUGCGGCGAUAACUGCAGAGUACGCAGACGACAUCAAGGCUCAGUCGGUGAAAGGUAUUCACGCGGCCAACACCCGGGAGCGGAUUAGACUUUUUUUGAUGCAUCCGUUCUCUGUCGAGACCACCAUAAGGGUCCCGAUGCCACUAUUGACGGCCAAGGCACUUAAGAGUGUAGUGGCAGCGUUUGCUGCAUGCAAACAAGGCUUACUUGAGCUCGCGAGAAUGUUCGAUCCGCUUAUCGAUUACAGGCAUAAUUUGCAAGACACAAGCACGCGAGAUGCAUGGAUUACUGUGCUGCGCGGUAUCAAGAUGAACUAUCAGUGGAUCGACGAAGAUGCCGGCCUUGAUACGAUUUUCGACCAGAUUUGGGGCGGUCGAGCCGACGUUCUCCCGUUCCUGGAAUGGUUCGCUAAUCAAACACCAGAGGCAUACAAGGAGCAGCGGAAGAUGAAGCGUGCAGCUAUCGCCGCCUGGCAACCAACAUCCGGACCCAAUGGCGACAGGCCUGCUGACAUGGAUUGGCAGAACAAUCACAACACGCUCCAUACUGUUGACCAGCUAGCGAAUCUAAAAUCGCUGGUAGUCGCUCGUGAUCUGAUCAAGGAUCACAGUGAGGUAAUACAAUCAAGGACAGACUCGGGCUACACGACGACACCCGCAGCUAUCGCGACGCAUCCACAAGCUCGCCUGCUUUUCAAGACUGGAGUGCCAUGGUGGGUGGGAUGCAAGAAAGACCCUCGGCAUAAGCUCUGGCCAUUCGUUCUAGGCGCGUACUGGGAGUAUGCAUAUAUUACUCAGGAGCGCCCGAAAUGCUUCAAUACCUGCGUCGUCGAGUGGCGCAAAAGAUUGUCAAAGGAAGUUGGAUAUCAUAUGAGUGGCGGACCUGUGGACGAGACUCGCCUCUCGUAUGUGUUCGAAUUUCCGGAUCGGCUUGCCUACCCUGCCGAAUUCCUCGCCAAUCCAGAAUGGCUGGUUCGCCCAAGUGACGGGACUAUCGCUGAGAACAGGGAGAAGGCAGAAGUUGCAUUGCGGCUACUGGAAAACUCAAACGAGCGCCAUGCAGCAAUCCAAAAAAUUGUUCGCAGUAUCGAAUAUCUGCCGUUUGUUGCGAUAGAGGGAGAUUCAAUCGACGAGGUGGUCCAUAGCGCGGUUCACCAUGUUGUUGAGGUCCUAGACUUUGCGGCGGCGCGUCAGUCGUAUCGAGAAGCAUGCGAUGAUCCCCAGGCUCCUUUCGACUCUGCCAAGGCAGGCACAGCUGUUCGUCAAGACUAUCACCGACGGCUGGCUCUCCCGGAUGCAAAUACGACUUGGCCAGAAAACAUCACAGCCAUAUUUGCGCAGACAAAGAAUAAUGCCUCGAUCAAGCGGGGUAGGUCCAACAGUGGUCAAAGUGGCAGCGAGGUUCCUCCUACGAAGAAACUACGACCAGGGGAGCCAGACGCUAUGGAUAUUGAUCCUGACCCUACGAAUCCUCAAGCUCAUGACAACAUAGUAGAUAAUCUUCGCAGGCUUUCGGUGAAUCAAACAAAUUGA